AUGGAUAAUUCAACGACUGUCCACGACACUUACCAUCUCCUGCCCUUUGGGUUGGGGGCUCAGAAUGACGGACGACGCAGUUUACUGGCGUAUGCCAUUAUUGCCGUGCUGGUCGUCGUCCUGACACGGGCAUAUUUCUCGCAGACAAAAUUGCCAGAUGUGCCGAUGCUCAAGAUCUCAAAGCUGCCCGGCGCUGCGGGAGCCGCUGAAGAUCUCGCUCGGUACAUCAAAAACGGAGCAGAGGUGAUGCAGGUCGGUUGGGAAAGGUAUUCCAAAAAGGGCCAACACUACUUGAUGAGGACUCCGGGCUUCACAAUGCUGGUCGUCGCACCGCGACUCACGGAAGAGAUACGGUCUGCCGCCGAUGACACGUUGAGCGCCGUCAAGGCGAACAGCGAGUUCAUGCAGUUCCGCUACACGCUUCACAAAUUCAUGGAGACCGACCAGUACCACAAUGUCGUCGUCCAGAGACAACUGACCCAGAAUCUUGGCCCUAGUCUUUACGCCAUCGUAGACGAGGCCAAAGGCUCUUUCAAAGACACCCUGGGCACAUUCAAAGUGUCGUUCCCCUUAGUGCCCACCGACCUUACCAUGUGGAAUCUCAGCUUCGACAUCGUCACCCGCACCGCCAACCGCCUGCUCUUUGGACCGGAACUGGCCAAAAACGCCGAAUUCCUCCGCCUGAGCGUCGACUUUUCCUUCAUCAUGUUCGGCGGCGCCGACAUGAUCCGCACGUACGCCGAGAUCCUCAAGCCGCUGGUCCUGUACUGGAAGACGCCGAUGCACAAGACGCUGAACCUGGCUCGCAAGCAUCUCGUUCCGGUGAUCGAACAGCGCAUCGCGCUGAUGCAGCAGCACGAGGCCGCGGGGACCAUGGACGUGUGGAAGAAGGAGAAGCCCAACGACUGCAUCCAGUGGGUUCUGGACGUGACGCCGCUGGAGAAGCGAGAUCCCCAGAUGCUCGUGUACCGCAUGCUACACAUCAACAUCGCGGCCGUGCACACCUCAAGCGUCACCUUCCUCGACUGCAUCUACGAGCUCGCCGCGCACCCGGAGAUCCACGACGAACUGCGCCAGGAGAUCCUCACCACGUUUGCCGCCGAGGGGAACUGGUCCAAGCAGGGUCUCACCCAUCUGCACAAGAUGGACAGCUUCAUGCGUGAGUGUGUCCGCUUCAACCCGGUCUUCUCGGGCAACCUCGACAGGAUUGCCCUCAAGGACACCACGCUCAGCGACGGGACGUUCGUGCCAAAGGGGACAUGGGUCACGGUCCCCUCGUACCCGAUGUACAUGGACGACGACUACUACGAGAACGCGCACGAAUUCGACGCGUUCCGCUUCUCCAAGAAGAGAGAAAAGUCGGGACAGGAGACGGCGUUUUCGUUUGUCCAGACAAGCACGACGUAUCUCCAUUUCGGUCACGGAAAACACGCCUGUCCCGGACGCUUUUUCGCCGCCAACGAGAUCAAGAUCCUGCUGGUCCUCACCCUGAUGAACUACGACAUCUCCCUGCCCGACCCGACCAAGAAGCCGGAGCCCGUGUGGUUCACAAAGGCGCGAACACCGAGUACCAAAGGCGUCAUUCGCUGGGUUAGUCGGCCCGAGGUCCCCGACUUUGCGCGCUUUGAGUGA